CAUCAAAAAUAGAGAAUCUAUAGAAUUUGAGAAUUUGCUUUUUCAGUUGGUUUAGAAAAAUUUCAAAUUAUUAGUUGGGUUGGAGAAAUCGCCCCAUCCCUAGACGUAGCCCCAGCCCCAUCUCAUCGCCGCGGCGCCCAGCCACCGCUACAGCUCGUUGACGCUGCACCCAACCAACUUUCGCCGCUCAUCGUCGCGUGAUUCCAGCCACCGCCAUUGCUCCUGGAAAAGGAAGGUGAUUCCAGUUUCUUAUCCGUAGAGAAGAAAUCUCAGCAGCAUCUAUUAUUUUGUUUUGCUUUUGGGGAGGCACGAAUUGCUGCUUUUGCAUCUAUUUUCUGCAGUUCAGGUAACUAGGUGAGUAUAGGCUCUUAUACCCAUUCAGUCAUUAAUUUGAGAAGGGUGCAUAAAUUCAGGUGUUGGCAACCAUGUCUUCUGCUAAGGAUGCCGAUCCAUCUCUUGGUUACCUGACCCGAAAAGACACUGAGGUGAAGCUUCCUCGGCCAACGCGGGUCAAAAAUAAAACCCCCGCGCCGAUUCAAAUCACCGCGGAGCAGAUUUUACGUGAGGCACGGGAACGCCAGGAAGCUGAAAUCAGGCCUCCAAAGCAGAAAAUCACAGACUCAACUGAACUUGCUGACUAUCGCCUGCGUAAGAGAAAGGAAUUCGAAGACCUAAUUAGGCGAGUUCGAUGGAAUGUUAGCGUAUGGAUAAAAUACGCUCAGUGGGAGGAGUCACAGGACUUCAAUAGAGCUCGCUCAGUUUGGGAACGGGCACUUGAGGUCGAUUACCGGAAUCACAUCCUAUGGCUCAAAUACGCAGAAGUCGAGAUGAAAAACAAGUUCAUAAAUCAUGCAAGGAAUGUUUGGGACCGUGCUGUUACGCUUCUGCCUCGUGUGGAUCAAUUAUGGUACAAGUACAUUCACAUGGAGGAGAUGCUUGGCAAUGUUGCUGGCGCGAGGCAGAUCUUUGAAAGAUGGAUGAUUUGGAUGCCAGACCAACAAGGAUGGCUCUCUUAUAUCAAAUUUGAGCUUCGGUAUAAUGAAAUUGAACGCGCAAGAGGGAUUUUUGAACGAUUUGUUCAGUGUCAUCCAAAAGUCAGUGCAUGGAUUAGAUAUGCCAAGUUUGAGAUGAAGAAUGGGGAAGUUGCGAGGUCUAGGAAUGUGUAUGAAAGGGCAGUUGAGAAAUGGGGAAGUUGCGAGGCUUCUUAGGAUGUGUUGAAAAGGUUUGUGGCUUUUGCUGAGUUUGAGGAGCGAUGUAAGGAGACAGAGCGUGCAAGGUGCAUCUAUAAGUUUGCUUUGGAUCAUAUACCAAAAGGUAGGGCAGAGGAUUUGUAUAGGAAAUUUGUAGCAUUUGAGAAGCAAUAUGGGGAUAAAGAGGGAAUCGAAGAUGCAAUAGUGGGGAAGAGGAGAUUUCAGUAUGAAGAUGAAGUGAGGAAGAAUCCAUUGAAUUAUGACUCAUGGUUUGAUUAUAUUAGAUUGGAGGAGAGCGUAGGGAAUAAGGAGAGGAUUAGAGAGGUUUAUGAGCGUGCAAUCGCUAAUGUGCCACCAGCUGAGGAGAAGAGAUAUUGGCAGAGAUACAUAUAUUUGUGGAUCAAUUAUGCUCUCUAUGAAGAACUGGAUGCAGGAGACAUUGAGAGAACACGGGAUGUUUAUAGGGAGUGCCUGAACCUAAUUCCUCAAGAAGUUUUCAUUUGCAAAGAUUUGGCUUCUAGCUGCCCAAUUUGA